AUGAACUUGACUAAAAUGGGUGGUGCCUAUUCAGCUCCCGGUGGAGUAGGUAGUAACGGUGGUCAGCCCCCUGCUGGACCUGGUCGAUUCCUCGACUCAAGAACCAACAAUGCUAGCGGUGCGCAAGGAGGUCAUUCCCUUCUUGAUCAAAACUCAUUUUCAUGGCUCAAUCAGCUUCGCAGUGGACAAUUGCCUUCUGCCAGUGGUAAUCAAAUCGGAAGUCCUCAAUUGAGAGGCCCUCAACCUCCUCAGUUGUCACAACAACAGUCUCAACAGCUAUCUCAGUCUGGCUCGCAGCCUAGUAUCGAAGAAAUCAUCGCUAAUAUUUCUCGAACGAACCCCAAUUUUCUCUACUCUUGUAAGGUUCUUUAUGUGGAUCAACUUUUGGAGAGUUAUCGAAAUCAACCUCAACAGCAGCAACAGUCCCAACAAUCUCAGCAGCACUACCAGUCUCAACUGUUGGCUGCUGCUCAAAUCUCUCAAGCAGCAGCGGCGGCCUCUCGGCCUCGUUCGCCUGUCCUAGUUCAUCAUCAACAGUCCCCUCAAGCAACUGGAGUCUCUCGACCCUCCAGUGGUUCCCUGGGUGGUCUUGCUGGCCAAUCAGCUUCAGGUCGACCGGGUUCCGCCACAUCAAUUCCUUACAACCAGAGUCGGGGUAAUAGUGCAGGCGGAGGAGUGAAAUACAGCCAAUCAUCAACUGGACAACUCUCCGAACAACUAGCCGCUGCGGCGGCUGCAGCAGCUGCUGCUGGAGCUUAUUCCCAUUUAUCCUCAUCUUCUAAUUCUUCCGGUUCUUCCCUUCGACAGCCUCCUUCAUCCUCGGUAUAUAAUGCUAUUCCUAGCAAUACGACCACUGCCACCGCUGCUCAGUUGCAGCAAGCAUAUGCUGCUUUGGGAGCUCUAGGGUCUGCUGCGGGUUAUGGUGAAAGCCUUCAGGAUUUGACUCGAGGUGCUCAGUCAGGUGCAGGAAUGCCACCCCCUAAACGAAUGCGUUUGGUUUCCUCAUCGGGCUCUUCUGGAGUCCCCCCAACAUCAGUUACCCCUUCCUCGUCUUCUCCUUUUCACCUUCAACAACAACAACAACAGCUGCAGCAACAAUCUUCCACCACUGCCGCGUCUCGCCAACAAGCCCAAGCUGCCGCUCAGGAGAUGUUGAACAGACAGCUCCUGCAGACAUCGGCUAACAAUCGAAAUGCAAUCAUUGCUUUCCUUUCGAAUGCCGCUGCUCAGCAACAGGUCCAAGCUCAGGCCCAGCAACAAGCGCAACAAGUUGCCUCUACAGUAGCUGCUGCUGCUGCUGCUCAAAGUGGAAGAUCUUCGGUCUCAUCGAGUUUCUACCAGGGAGUAGGAGGGGGUGGAUCAGAUGGCUAUGGACAGAGAGGAGGUGCUGGUGGUGUUCAGAGGCAGCCUGGAUCAAAUCUACUCGUCUCGUCACCGAGCCAAUCAUCUGCUUCAUCUUCAGCUGCUGCAGCAUCAGCAGUCUCCGCCUAUAACAACUUUGCAGCUCUUGCAGCCGCUGCUCAGCAGCAGCAGCAGCAGAGAUAUCCCCAUCCAUCUCUCUCUUCCUCCUCCUCUAGUGUACCCUGUUCGACUCCUCGCACUGGAGGUGGCUAUAGGGUACCUAGUCAGCAGUCUACUCAGCCUCAACAAAGUGGCGGGAUUUACCAUGGUACUGGUGGACAUGCUAUGCCAUCGGGAGGAGCUGGAAGUAAUGUCCUGAGACAACAGACUAAGGAACCUGCCUAUCACCCACAGGUGGAAGCUAUAUCUCCAGCUCCUGAAGAAGCCCGUUUGUUGGAUGUGGUAGAAGUAAAACUACAGCGAGAACGUGAGGAGAUGCAACGUCGAUUGCACGAUAUCGAGGCACGUAUCAAUAAAGAGGAGAGUCAUCUCCGUUAUCUCAUCGAUCGCGAGUCGAGUCUCACUGCUGAUCUCAAAAAUGAGACUGCUAAUCAGCCCCCAUCUGGAAUUCCGCAUAGAAGUAAACUUCUACUUCUACAUCAUUUGAGUACCAUACACACUUCCAAACUUAUUGUUUUCUUCCCACAGGCUCUUCUAUCUGAAACUCGUUCUCGUGCAAAGAGACAACAUGAAGGUCUGGCUGGAUUGUGUGGCAAAUACGUGAACGCCUCACCCUGUGCUCUACCAAUUUAUAGGCAACCAUCUGACUUGCCUGCUUUACAACAUCUCCAAUCGGUGUAUAAGAAUGGCUUUCGAAUACAGCUCAUCAAGUACAUUCAUCGUCGUAAACGGGCUGAAAAAGCUAGGCUACGGAUCUUGGCUAGACAAUAUGCUCGUGAUGCUCAGCUGUCUCACACUCGCUGUUUGUUUCUUAAGGCUUUCUUUAAGCGUCACGAGAAGCUGAUGAACAGCGCCAAACGCAAGCAAAAAGACGCCAAGAACCGUGAAAUUUUCGAGAAGUGCUUCCCGGAGAUUAAAAAAAUUCGCGAGGACCAGAAGGAGAAGGAUGGCAAUGGUGGAAAAGGUGAUGACGGCCAUGGUACGUCGUCUCUUUCUUCACUUAAAUCGAAAUAUCGAUUUCUUCGCUCUUUUAUUGUUUUUUAUAUGUUAUUAAUUAUUCCUAAAGACACAUUAUUAUACCAACUAUUAUUAUUCCUUCAAUCAUAUGCUUUUGCUGUAGAUACUGUUUCGAAUACAGGGUCUGGUGCUGAUGGUGACCAGAUGUACGAUGCUGCUGAGGACAUAUCUAAAAUGAAGGAGUAUGCCAUCGAUCCACCUGUUAUAUUACCGCCUUGGGAGCGAUCCCAUCGAUUUAUCUGCACUGCACACCUUGUAACUGAUCCAAAAGGGGAUCAUAUUCGUGCCCAGUCGCUUGAGAAGUGGUCAAAGGAUGAUAAAGCUCGAUUCAAGGAACGUUUCUUGGCUACUCCAAAAAAUUUCCCUGCCAUAGCUGCUGCAAUAGAUAAGUCAGUGGCUGAGUGCAUUCAUUUUUAUUACCUCACCAAAAAGACCGAAGGCUAUAAGGCGCUGGUGAAAAAGCAUAGUACCUCAAGACGCCGACGAGCUGGUCAUUCGGAUAAAAAUGGACCCACAGGGCCCUCACAUGGAACUUCGAAGAGAGCUCCUUCAAGAGUUUCCACGCCUGGAGGAGAUGAUCAUAGAAAUUCUCCUCAUCCUGAUUCGAAGCUAAAUGAGGAUGGACAAUCAACCACACAUCGGAAGGGUGGUGGUGGCUCUACGCGCGGGAGAUCUGGUCGACGUGGUGGUUGUGGCGAUCAUCGAUCAACAAAGGGUUCCGGCCGUGGAAGAUCAGGAACUCCUGUUCCCCCUCCUCCUCAACAACUGCAACAACAACAAUCACAAAGCUCUUCAACAACAGCUUCCACGGAUCAGGGUGAAAAUAAUCAAACUUCAAGUAUUCAACAGGAAAGCUCUAAAGUAACACCUGGUGAUGGUGAAAUUAAGCACCAAAGUUUGACAUCGUCUGCAAAAGUGGAUGAAACUAAUAAGUCGAGUGGCUCUGGAAAUGGAACUACUGAUUCAACGAUAGUGAGACCUGAUGCAUCAAGUCAACUUGAGAAGGCAAAGGAAGAGACUACUCAGACGCCAUCCUCAUCGGCGGAGCCUCGUGGAGUUUUCACAGCCUCGCCUCAUCCCCCCAGUAGUACGGCGACCAAUGACACUAACCUGUCACAAUGCUCCAGUUUAGUUACCUUUUCACCAUAUCCUCGUCUCGAUGAUUCCGCUAUCAGUCGUCCGGGAUUCUCAGAAGCUGGCACCACCAGUUCUGGUAUCCUUCCCCCAAAAGACCCGAGCUCUGCUAACGUACUGCCCGCAGGUUUAUCGGAGCAGCUUUCCAGUCUCACCAAAACCGGUGCAAUAUCGGCUGAGCUUCUUGCUAGCAUUCCACAAUUCGCUUCCAGUCCUUCUACUCAAGCUCUAGCGCAGGUUCUCUCUCAGGCUCAGCUGCAUCAGCAGACAAAGGCUGUUAGUCAUGAUCAACCCACCGAUCCAACAGCGGCUGCUUACAGCAAAGCUAUUCUAAUUGGUGACUUCUGCACCGCUCAACAACUAUCUAGGGGAAGUACGCCUUCUCAACAAACACCUUUGCCAACCACUGCUAAUAUGACUGGAACCAGUUUACAUCGAGCUGGCGUUUUAAAUCAACGUAAUGCUAAAUUGCCUUAUCUCACAAUUUCUCCAGCGGACUAUACCGAUCCAAAUUACUUGAAUAACCGAACAAUUGAUCCUUCAAGCCUUCCUAUGCCAACGAAACGCGUGAACCUGGGUGGCUCUACUCCGAGCAGCGGUUCACGCAGUGGUCUAGGAGGAGGAAACAUGCGUUCCUCACCUGGAUCUGGUAGUUUCCAUCACCAACAGUCCCUUCCACCACCUCCAUCUUCGAUGCCCCGGUAUCGGCCUAUGCCGAGUCAACCCGGUUCGACUAAUAUCGAUGGACCUAGACAACCACCCAGUAGGCCCCUCUCAGGUUUAUCUCAAGGUGGAGGUAUCUAUGGCCCACAGCCGGGGGUAUAUGGAGGUGGGGAUACACUGAUCGCUACGAAACCAGCAGGUUACUACGAUCUGACAAAUAUUAAUCCGCCAACCAAGAAGGGCUCAAUAAAUCUUGAAUCCGGACUCGGUGCCACCCCAAGUGGGAGACCAGGUCUCGAUCCCAAAGUAGAAGAGUACAUUGUGCACGCCGCCAAGCUCUACCAUGACGAGGUGGAACGCUACACCUCCCGAGAUCGAUCAGACUCCAUGCGAACUCGCACCAGCAGUGAGACUUCCCAACAGAUGCAGGCUGCGCUGGACAAUGCACGACAACGCGUGCUGAGAAUGGCUGUCGCGGCAGCUGCUGCAAAUGAUAGCGCCACAAAUUCAUCAUCCACAUCGGCGGUAGCAGGAUAUAACAUUCCCUCAAGCUUCGCUGACUCCCAGUUGCCAAAUGAACAGUUGGGCGGUGUUGGAGUUAUGGAUAUCAAUGAAAUACUUGCCAAAUGCGGUCCCCAGUGCUUGUCCUUUAUCGCUUCAACGGCAGCAGAAGCCUCCUCAAAUCAACCAGGAGGUCAGUCUGCCACCGAGGGUCUCAACCUCUUCACCUCCCGAACAGCACCUCCUAGACAGCCCCCUCCUCCCUCCCUUUUGGACAGCAACAUUCCACCACACCAGCAAUUCACCCCUUCCAAUACCUCAGCUUCAGCCAUCCCUUUGCCGCGUUAUCGCAAAUUGGCCAGUGGUUCCUCCACCACUGGCGUUGCUGGUGGACCGCCGGCUACUUUUAGCUCUCCCCCGGGCCCCACUAUCUCUGCAGUUUCAUCGAUUCCUCCCCAAAGGGAAUUCUUUUCUGGGCUGGCGGAUGACAGUGGAUAUCAUUUGCCACCGCAUCAUUCUUCGUUUCACCCACAACAAAUUCCUCGAUAUCCACUCCUCAUGAGGGCUAGUGCUACAAGAAAUCUUGAAUCAGUUGGUUUGCUACCCGAAGAGAUCGCCCGUAAGAAUUCUGCUCCACGUCAAUAUCAACAGACAAUAUCGUCUUCAGGGACAGCACCAGUUAGUUCCUCUCUGGUCAUCUCUUCCUCAACUGCUCCGUCCUCAACAGCUGCACCAAGCUCCUUCCGAUCUCCUGAAUCUAUCACCACUACUGGUACUUCAAUCACAAAUCCCGUUUCCACUACCAUUAUUGGAACUCUUCAAGAGACUAUUGAGAAAGCUAUUACGGACGGAAUUAUUGUACAGAGGGGAGGACAGGAUGUACCAAAGAUUGAUCCCUCGAUAGCGGAGGCUAAAAGUGUCAAAUCCAUACAUCCGUCUGUUAGUCUCUUGAAACCGGAGAGUGACAGAGACACCCCAACUUCCCGUUCACCAUCAACCGGUGUUCUAACCAGCCCAACAAUGCUGGUAUUCCCCAAAAAACGCAGUCGCCUGCCAAGCAGUUGCAGUUCUGCUGCUCUUAGCGCACCUGGAAAUAGACCCACGUCCCCAUUAAGGUCAGGUGGUGGAGAUGUGCCCACACCUACGGGAUCAGCUCCGAGUGCGUCUCCCGCUUUGUCUACACCUGAAGAAAGGGCAAGAACAUCGUCUACCUCAAAGUCUCCCACAAUGGUUCCUCCCUCUGGAGUUACUCCCAUCUCACCACCGAGUUCCGCUGAUUCCCCUGGAAAUCUGCAAAUCUUUAUUCCGCCUGAAGAGGAACCGUCCCAAUUCUCGCCACAUCAUGAAGGACGCCAUUCGACAUCGCUCUCGCGUCAAACGUCAAAUUUAAAAUCUUCCAUUGGUGGCGGCGGUUGUGUCACAAGUCCCACUCAUACUAACGAGCCAAUCGGCGUAAGUCCACGACAGCACAAUCCUCCAUUGGCCACAUCGCCACCCCAGCAGCAACAGCAACCUCAUAAAACACCCCAGUCUUCAUCAUAG